AUGACUCGUUCCUCUCAUUCAGGAGAAUUACAAUAUAUCCCUGAGAUUGAGAAAAUCGCAAGGCAACUAUGGAAAGAAACAAAGCAAAGAAAUAGCUCCUCGAGUUCUGAAGAGGUAAAUUCAACCUGUGAUCCAGUAAACGAGGAGGUUGUAAGUAAAAUGGCUGAACCAAAUAAUAGAACACUUAGGGAGUUAGCUGCACCGGAUCUAAACCAACAACCUCUAUGCAUAACAAUACCAAAUCUUGAGGUUGAUUUUGCUUUAAAAUCUGGUUUAAUCCAUUUACUCCCUAUUUUUCGAGGUUUGGCUGGUGAAGACCCACAUAAACACUUGAAAGAGUUUCAAGUAGUUUGUGCAGGGCUGUUACCUACAGAUAGAAGUAUGGUAGAUGCAGCUGGUGGUGGUUCUUUGGCUGACAAGACACCCACGGAUGCUAGACAAUUAAUAUCAACCAUGGCAGAAAAUUCUCAACAAUAUGGGACACGUGUGGAUGGAUCUAUUCGUAGAGUUAACGAGGUAAGUACUUCUCAACUUGAAAAUAAAAUUUCAGAUUUGACUACUCUUGUGCGUCAAAUGGCUGUAGGACAAAUGCAAUCUACAGGAGCAUGUGGAAUAUGUUCAUUUGUUGGGCAUCCCAUAGACAUGUGCCCAACAUUGCAAAAUCCAAAUCAAGAGUUGAAUGCAAUUGGUGGAUUUCCUGGUCAACCCAACCGAAAAUAUGAUCCCUUUUCAAACCAGUAUAAUCCCGGAUGGAGAGAUCAUCCAAACUUGAGCUAUGGGAAUCAAGGAGCGCAACCAAGGUUUCAAAAUCAGAAUUUUAGACAAUUCCAAACACCUCAGCAAUCUCAACCCCAAGCUUCAAAUUCAGGUAUGUCUUUAGAUGAAAUUGUUAAAGCACUUGCUAAUAACACUCAACAGUUUCAACGAGAAACAAGGGCAAGUAUUCAACAAUUGGGCAAUCAAAUUUCCCAAUUAGCCACAUCUGUUAGCAAGUUAGAAGCCCAAGCUUCGGGGAAAACUACCAUCACAAACGGAGUGGAAGAGGAAAAAGAGGAAAAAUCAAAGGAGGAAAGUGAGUCUACGGCUAAUGAAAAAUCCAAGGUAAGUUCUGAAUCUUCUUUUGGUCAAUAUGAUUCAUCUCUACCCCCUUUUCCUUCAAGGUUAGCAAAAUCAAAAGAAGAAGAAGAACAUGAAAAUCAGAUUUUGGAAACCUUUAGAAAGGUAGAAAUCAACAUCCCCUUACUAGAAGCCAUAAAGCAAAUUCCUAAGUAUGCAAAGUUUCUAAAGGAACUUUGUACCAAUAAGAGGAAGUUGAAGAGUAAGGAGACCAUCAUAUUGGCUGAUCAAGAAGAUGCCAGACCAGUAAGGGAGCCACAGAGAAGACUCAACCCAACAUUGAAGGAUGUGGUAUUUAAAGAAAUUCUUAAACUUUUGGAUGCAGGUAUAAUUUACCCGAUUUCUGAUAGUGAAUGGGUAAGUCCAGUGCAUGUGGUUCCAAAGAAAACUGGUAUAACGGUGGUAAGAAAUCAAAAGAAUGAAUUGGUACCCAUGAGAGUACAAAAUGGUUGGAGAAUGUGCAUAGAUUUUAGAAAACUGAACUUAGCUACAAGAAAGGAUCAUUUUCCUUUACCUUUUGUUGAUCAAAUGUUAGAAAGGUUAGCUGGAAAAUCUUGUUUUUGCUUUUUGGAUGGAUUUUCAGGUUACUAUCAGAUAGCCAUUGCUCAAGAAGACCAAGAAAAAACUACUUUUACUUGCCCAUUUGGAACAUUUGCGUUCAGGCGGAUGCCGUUUGGCUUAUGUAAUGCACCAGGAACAUUCCAAAGGUGCAUGAUGAGUAUUUUUUCUGAAUUUAUUGAGAGUUGCAUAGAAGUGUUUAUGGAUGACUUUACUGUUUAUGGUGAUUCCUUUGAAGUGUGUUUAAAUAAUUUGUCUAAAGUUUUAAAAAGAUGUAUUGAUGCGAAUUUAGUUCUGAAUUAUGAAAAAUGUCAUUUUAUGGUUAGUCAAGGAAUUGUGUUAGGGCAUGUAAUUUUAGCUAAGGGGAUAGAAGUUGAUAAAGCUAAAGUAGAUUUGAUUGUGAACUUACCCUACCCUACUAAUGUUAGGGAAGUUCGUUCUUUUCUUGGACAUGCAGGAUUUUAUCGCAGGUUUAUUAAGGAUUUCUCAAGGAUUGCUGUCCUCUUGUCUAAACUAUUGCAAAAGGAUGUUACUUUUGAGUUCGGAAAGGAAUGUCAAGAAGCUUUUGACAAGCUUAAGGCACUGCUGACAAGUGCUCCUGUUAUUCAACCUCCAAACUGGGAACUCCCCUUUGAGAUUAUGUGCGAUGCCAGCAACUAUGCAGUUGGAGCUGUUUUGGGCCAAAGAGUUGGGAAGCAAAGUCAUGUCAUAUACUAUGCUUCGAGAACAUUGAAUGCUGCACAAUGCAGUUACUCCACAACUGAAAAAGAACUUUUAGCUGUUAUUUUUGCUUUAGAUAAAUUUAGAUCUUAUUUGCUUGGUUCUAAAGUCAUAGUUUUUUCUGACCAUGCGGCAUUGAAGUAUCUUUUGGGAAAAAAAGAAUCUAAGCCCAGGCUGAUAAGAUGGGUUUUAUUACUUCAGGAGUUUGAUUUGACAAUAAAGGAUCGAAAGGGAGCUGAAAAUCCGGUAGCGGAUCAUCUAAGUAGAUUGGUAAGAGAUGAGGAUAUGCUUCCUAUUUCUGAAAAUUUUCCUGAUGAGCAAUUAUUCCAGUUGUCAGGUAUGGUUCCUUGGUAUGCUGAUCUUGUUAAUUACUUAGUGACUGGAGUUUUACCUGGUUACAUUAGUAAGUCUAGGAAAGAAAAAAUAAGAAGUGAAGCUAAAUAUUAUGUUUGGGAUGAACCAUAUCUGUGGAAGUUUUGUGCUGACCAAGUAAUAAGACGAUGUGUGCCUGAAAAUGAAACCAAUGGGCAAGCUGAAGUGUCCAACAGAGAGGUAAAAUCCAUUUUGGAAAAGACUGUGAACACAGGUAGAAAAGAUUGGAGCUUACGCUUAGAUGAUGCGCUAUGGGCUUAUCGGACAGCUUACAAAACUCCGAUUGGGAUGUCCCCUUAUCGGUUGGUUUUUGGAAAAGCUUGUCAUUUGCCAGUAGAAAUUGCACAUAAAGCCUAUUGGGCAGUACAACGUUGUAAUAUGGGAAUGAAGAAAACUGGUGAAGAAAGGAAAUUGCAGUUACAGGAAUUAGAAGAGUUGAGGUUAGAUGCUUACGAAAAUUCUAGAAUAUACAAGGAGAAAACAAAGAUGUUCCAUGACAACAUGAUUUUGAGAAAGAAUUUUGAGGUAGGCCAAAAGGUUUUAUUAUACAACUCUCGUUUGAAGCUUAUGCCUGGUAAGUUACGUACUCGUUGGAUUGGACCUUUUGUUAUUUUUAAUAUUUUUCCUUAUGGUGCAGUAGAGAUUAAAAGCAUUGAUACAGGAAAACUUUUUAAAGUUAAUGGUCACAGGUUGAAACCAUUUCAUGAGGGAAUGGCAGUUUUGAGUUUGGAAGAUGUUGAUUUAGCCCUUCCGGAGUACUUUAAUUGA